CAUAAGCGGAGUCACUGGCAGUGCGUUUCUGACUAUACCUGGCCUACAUUCAUAUGUGUAUCAUUAGGCCGUCUCUCCCUUGCGACAAGUCCGGGCAUGAAGGCAGUUGUGAACUUUGAGCGUUGCUUCAGGGCUGUUCACAUUGUUCCGUACACGGCGGUAGGCGCGAUUCGGAUAACGGCAUUUCCAUACGCAAACCUUUUGCCUGUUGCCUCCCGGUAUUUUGCAAAGGGGUAUCUACGGAGUAGAACCUAUCAUUCGGACUUUUCACCAAGUCACAAGGUCCCUACUCUCUUGUUUAUAGAUAGUCUCAGGUCAUCUACGUAUUUAUCUACAAGGCACCUUGGGAUGGCAUACCGACGAUCAAACUCGACUCAGCGGGAUCCACAACGUGAAGAAAUUAAACAAACCGGCGAAACCCAUCACAAUGAUGCUCAUGGCAAACAUUCGCAUUCGAUCUUUCACUCACAUUCGCAUGACGAACACGACCACGGUCAUGAUGCAGAGCAGAUAGUACAAGCGCUUCAGACUGCUGGUGACAGAGGCAGUCGAAUAACACUCAUAGGGCUGUUUGCUAACAUAGGUUUGACUGGCGCCAAAGGGCUUGCUGGCUGGUAUAUGCACUCUGCCUCAUUGCUAGCAGAUGCCGGCCACUCCAUGAGUGAUCUGCUCGGUGAUCUUGUAGUCUUGUUCUGUUGGAAACUGUCAAGAAAGCCACCCUCGGGACGUUACCCAUAUGGAUUCGCCAAGUUCGAGACUCUCGGGACAACUACUGUAUCCUUACUCCUCAUCGGAGGAGCACUGGGCAUCGGCUUCCAUUCGUACCACCUGCUCGUGGAAGCACUGGCCACAACUGUCUCCAACGUUCCCCCGGGCCAGCUUCAUGACCUCCUCCAGCAAGUCACGUCUGUUGCUCAUAACGUUCCUGCCAUCGGGCACUCGCACGGUCAUACUAGUGUCCUCGACCCCAAUGCAGCCUGGUUCGCUGCGGUCGGCGUUGUAGCAAAGGAGUGGUUGUACCGAGUAACCAAGAAAGUUGCCGACGAAGAACAUAGCCCAGUGCUCUACGCAAAUGCUAUUCAUCAUCGCAGUGACGCGUAUUCGAGCGUUGUUGCCUUGUUUGCAAUUAUAGGAUCGUGGUUAUUCCCUGCAUUACCUUUAGACCCUAUAGGGGGACUCCUUGUUUCCUUUGUUAUCCUCAAGCAAGGUUUAGACCUCUUUGGAGGUGCAUUUGCCGAGCUUACGGAUGCUGGCAUCUCGGCAAACUCGCAACGAAAGCUGCUCCGCGCACUAGAUCCUCUUCUUUCCUCUCCAUCACCUCCAUCCACCUCUUCUUCUGGCAACGGACUCCAUGCAACCACUGAACUACUCGCUGUUCGACAUCUGAGAGCUAAGCGUGCAGGUUCUUUGAUUUAUGUGGACCUCACAGCCGAUGUGCCGAGCAAUAUGUCAGUCUUGGCCACAUCACAACUAGAAGUAAAGAUCUUGCGGACCUUGCAGGAGGCGCGGAAGGAGAUCUCAGAAGUUCGUGUUAAAUUCCACCCUAUUGAGGAUGCUCCUCGGAGCUGAUGGAAUUCGUAUGCAUGGACGGAAAUUGUAUCAUCGAUCUAGUUUUUUUAUGACACUAUCCACAACAUAUACUUAAGCGUGGAUAGUUGCAGCUGGUUGCGUCCACCCAGACAUCUUC